CCGGCGUGGAACCAGCCGAGCCACAAAGUGGCGGGAAUCGGCGCCGGGGAGGGUCGCAGGAUGGAAGUGCUGUCAGUGGAUUUGCCAAUGUGCUCUGAAGCAAGAAGCACCCAGCAAGAAAUAGCCUUAGAGAUUGAAAGGACACACAAUCUCACCCUCAGCAUGCAAUUCAGCUCAGGACAACUGCUGUCAAACUACGUGCAUCACCAGGGGGUACCUUUUGGUGACCCCGAUUUCAACCCAACCAUUCAGCCCUUUCCAGGACUCCCGUUGCCAACCCUGUCUACCACAGAGUGGCUUGGUCUCACCGACAAGGAGCGGCUGCAGCAGAAUGCCUCCGCCUUCUCCAAUUUGCAGGUGUAUUUAGCCAGCGUGAAAUGCCAGCAAAUGGAUCUGAAUCCAUUGGAAGAUGAAUUACACCGUAAGCUCGAUUCUUCGCGCCUGCACUGUUUGGGUCUGGAGAAUAACCUUAAAUCCAUCAUGUCUUCCCUGGGCAUCGUGCCAGGUCCAGUUGUACCUGCUGAGCCUCUGGAAUCUGACAACGCCUUCCUUAUGAAACUCACAGGCUACUACGUUUGCCAUCUCUUCCAAGACUGGGUCAACAGAUGUGAAAAGGACAUAGCCUUAUUAACUAAGAAAUAUCCUGUCUGAAAAUGCUUCUCUUUCCACAUUGACCAGAGGCAGGGCUGGAAAUAUGGAGGGUGCACAACACGCCCCCGGUAUUUCUCUAAACUAUGGCUCGGCUCGAUCUAUCCGUUUUCUUGAGUUCACACAAAAUAUCAGCACGCAGCACCUUUAACCACUGAGUCAGUUGCAAAUCCAAUCCUUACUGUCAGACAAUGUACUCAAACUUGCUUAGUUUUAAGCUGGUUUGUUUGCAUCUUACCUUGUUGUGCAAAUUCGGCUUGCUUGGGUCAGCUUAUUACAUGUUCUGUCCAAGAAAAUGGGUUUAUUUAGUAACCAGGUUAAAAGGGGGUUGCAGCUAUUCAGGGGUAGGCUUCAAAAAUUUUAGCAAGGGGUUCUCUGCCUGGCCUCUGCGUGGCCAUGGUGAUUGUACACUAGUCGGCCUCCUGCACCACGGUGGGGGAGGAGCAUUUUUGCCCUUCCCGGACUCCGAAGGCUUUUUUCAAGCUUCCGGGAGGGUGAAAAUGGUCUCCCCAGGUUCUGAAAGCCCUCAGGAGGCUGGAAACAGGCCCGUUUCCGGCCUUCCCGAACUUCCGGUAGACCCAUUUUUCAACCUCCCCAAGCCUCCAUGCACGUCCUGCACUUACCUGCAUCCAAAACGGGAUGUGUGGGGACUCCUGGGAGGGGCGGGGUGGGCAGGGCCAGCCAGGAGUGGGAUUUGGAGGUUUUCCAAACUGCACAGAAUCUUAGCUAGAGGUUCUCCCGAACCCCUUCGAACCCCCAGCAGUCCACCCCUGCAGCUAUUGAAGCAUAAGAGGAGUGCAUGUGGUUCGCCCAACUGUUAACGUGUCUUACAACAAACCAGGCUGAAGGUUAACAACCCAAAGAAAACGUAUCUUCAGAUCAGUAAGUUUAGGAAACAAGGACUUUCAAUUAACAAUCUGUAUAUGUGUGUGUGCGCUAUUGGACCAAUUACUGGUAAUCCUUGACUUACAACCGUUUCGUUUAGUGACUGUUCAAAGUUAAAACAGUCCUGAAUAAAGGGACUUAAUGGCUGUUCCUCACAUUAUAACUGUUGCAGCAUCCCCACAGUCACAUGAUCAAAAUUCAGGCAUUUGUCAGCCGGCAUGCAUUUAAUAACGGCCCUGCUUAGUUACAAAUAUUCUGGUCUAGGGGUACCAUUCACUUUCCCUACCAGUUUGCAAAUAUGAACUGCAUGCACCCGGCCUGAAAAACGUGCCUAAAUAGGAUGGCAUAGAGCCAAGGCAGGUGGGCUACCGGUUCAGGCGAACCGGUUCGAGCCAGCUGAAUACGACCUCUGUUCUGAUCCCAAUAGUAGUCAUAAGUCAUGGACUAUCUGUAUACAUCUGAGAGCUGUGUAAAAGCUCUGAAAUCACACAUGAACCUUGCGUGGUAGAUAACUUAGCUUAUUAAUAUGUUCCCGGUGGGGAGAAGGAAUCUCUUUUUCUACUCAGUGAGAACCCUGAAGGGAUGGCAUGGUACGUUUUCAAAGCACGAGGUUUUCCAUUUCACUCUUCAUGGGUGUAAAACUGGCCAGUUUCUUUAAAUGAGCUUCUCCAAAUCUGCUUUUCUCUGGAACUACAGCUCCCAUAAUCCUAUAGGCAACAAGGAGGGGAUUGGCUUGUAGGCUGGACAGCAGAUUCUGGUCUAAUCACAUCUUUCUCCUUGGCAAGUGCCAAGAAAGCCAAGGGAGAUGUGAGGGUCAUCAUUUGGAAGGCAGAUUUGCAAAUACGCAGCCCAAUAUUCACUUCAAUGCACAAUCCUUCCUGACUGUGUUAAUGAGAAAUGCAGCUAUGCGUUUGCUUGUAGGCUCCGGUGGGAAAUAUGAUUCAGUCGAUGUUUAAAAUACAGAGGAAACCCAGCUUCCUAAGGUGAUUGAAUUUUAGUAGUUUGCUUAAAUUUGGAUUUUCUGAAACGAGUCCAUUCUCCCCUCUAAAUCGGUGUUUUUCAUCCUCAGCCACUUAAAAAUGUGUGGAUUUCAACUCCCAGAAUUCCCCAGCCAGCAUAGGAAAUUCCCCAGCAUGCUGGCUGGGAAAUUCCAAGUCCUACCCACCAUAAACUGGUUGAGGUUGAGAAACAUUUAUCUAAAUCAUACUGACUAUUAAGAAACUAGUCCUCAAUGUUUUUUUUUAAAAUUUGAUUUAUAUGCCGCCCUUUUCCGGGGACUCAGGGCAGCUUACAAUGCGUUAAGCAGUAUUUCAAUGUUGAAAUACUUGGACAGUUUAUUGUCCAUUCACUGAUACUGUUUCUCAAUAGCACCAUCCUCUUUUAAUGAUAAGUUGUCACAUAGGGUUGUAACAUCUGGUGGGAGGAUUUUUUGUUUUUUAAAUGCUUUUCCUUAUGUAUUAGUUUUAAUAUUUGCUAUGUUCUUUAUAAACGCCUCCAAGGCUAUUAGCAUUGAGAAUUUUUAUAUUUUCUCUUUUCCAGCUAAAAUUCCAGUUGUGGAGUUUCUUUCCUCUAGGAUGUAUGUUCCUAGCUAAAGAAAUAUUUAUUUCUAUAUGGUUUUCUAAUUAUAUAUGUAUUGUAUAUAGAGCAAAACUUAAAUUUAUAAUCGUAAUAAAAGUAUUUUAGUAGAAUGUAUA